AUGGUCUCCUCAUUCCCAUUCCGUCGCCUUGUGCGCUUCGAGAACGAGUCAGGCGAGGUCAAGUACGGCGAAGUGGCGUCAGGAGAUCUGAAGACUCUGGUCGGUUCGACGGUUGAAGUCUAUACUGGACAAGUUCCAUGGGAUCCCGAUUUCCAAAAGAGUGGCCAGAAGGAUGUUAUUCACAAGGUUCUCGCACCUCUGCCUCGUGUGCCGAUUUUCAGUUGUGUCGGGCUCAACUACAAGGCACAUGCGGCCGAGACAAAGACAAACCCACCGGCAUACCCGAUCCUGUUCAACAAGCCUUCUUCUUGUCUCGCCGGUCCAGCCGAUGAUAUCCCAAUCCACAAAGAUGCUCAAUUUCUCGACUACGAGGGCGAAUUGUGUAUCGUCAUUGGACAAACAUGCAAGGACCUCUCAGAGACCGACGACGCGCUAGACUACGUGCUCGGGUAUACCGUUGGCAACGACGUCUCUUCUCGAUAUUGGCAGAUGCCUGACAGAUCCGGUCAACAAGCAGGUUACUCGAAGAGUUUCGACAAGUUUGCGCCCCUCGGACCCGUCAUCUGCUCGACUGCAGAGAUUCCGUCCCCAGGAACUUUGACUUUGGUCACGAAGGUCAAUGGGCUUGAGCGUCAGAGAAGCAGUAUCGAGGACCUGAUCUUCACCGUGCAAGACAUCGUCAGGUUCACGGCCAGGGGGCACACGCUGGAACCGGGCACAGUCAUCAUGACGGGCACGCCCAGUGGAGUUGCGGCAUUUAUGAAGCCACCGGCGUGGUUGAAGGACGGGGAUGUUGUCGAGAUCACCAUCGACGAAAUUGGCACGAUUUCCAACAAGAUGGUCUUCGAGUAG